GUGGUCAAGGAUCUGUCAAUGAUGGUGCAGUUGGUGGAUUCGUUGGGGGUAGUUGGCGAUCGAAGACAAGGAUGAUGAUGCUGGAGGAGAUUCGUCGUUGCUUCGCUCCAUUAUUGUUUUGGCUCCUAUUCAGUUGAUACCCGACGCUUAGCUGAUCAUGAUUGCAAGUUGCGUAGUCUGGUCAAAAAUUUUCAUGGAAGAAGGUCGUAAGAACUUUCUCCUGCCAUGUUCUUGUACAUGCAUUAGCCCCUUCCCCUUUGGAAACACCCUGGGGUGUUGAGUUUCCACUCUCACUGUCAAGACUGACGGUUGGUCGUCUUCCCGUGGAGGUUAUCUAGUUUGAAGAACUGGGACACUCAAUUCUUUUUACGCUUUUGGUGCCGGUUUGGACCGAUGGGAAAGCUUUUAACUGUAGGUGGGGAGUUCCCCACAAAGGAGGUAACAGUAGCAGCAAUUUUUAUUUUUUUCUCCACUUAACAUAUGUUUGACGGUGGCAUCGACUGAGAAAUUGCUUAUCACCGACCAGCAGGGGGCACGAUUAGAGCGACUGUUGGCGUGGGCGCAAAGUGAGGACGGAGAGAAAAAGAACCGGUGGGUUGAUCUUGACUGGGUGUUAAGAGACGAGUACCUGGAAGAGGCCCUAGGGUACUAGGGAUUGAGUAAGCUCUCAGCUGAAGAGCAGAAAGAAAGGAAAAGAAGGGUUGCAGCUGCAACUAACAAAUUCUGCCUUUAUGGUUCAUAACCAGGUGUUAUAGCAAAAGCGUUGUCGAUCAAAGCUUCUCGGUCCAAGCUAGCGGGACGUGCCUCCCCUUCUGUUUUCCAAAAGAAAUGUCCUGCUAUGGGGGGAGCUAAAGGAGCGCCCAAGAAGAAGUCCGUCAAGGCCCAUGUUGAGGAGGCGUCGAAUAUCGCCGGUGGGCCAAGAGAUGACCAAGUCAAGAAGAAGAAGCCCAAAAAGAAGGCAGGGGUUUCUGAGCCAUUGGAUAGAGGCUCUGGGGAGGCAGUUGCAAUUGUACGCCCGUCGGUCACCGAAUGCCCGUUGGUUGUGGCAUGCCCACCGGCUGCUGACAUCCGGUAGGAGGAAGAAGAUGAAGAUGAUGUCCCCAUCGUUGUUUGGCGAAAGACUACUGCUGAAAGGCACAACACCACUUACGUGCCAAGCCUAACACCUGUUGGGCCGUUGUUUUCACAGGCCGACUGAAGGUCAGGGAACAGGGGUAGGUGCGCCAUCUCAUCCUUACAGAAUUAUCAAUGAGGACGAUGAUGAUGAUGGCAUUUUGAAAACCCACCUAUCGUUGAUGACCGUCGGGAAGAAGGAAUUGAGGAUGAGAUGACUCGAGCCAUGGGGGCACAAUUCUCUUGUCGUGCCAUGUUAGGAAGGUGGUGUGCCGACGGGGAUUGACGCUCCUCGUAAAAGGAAAUUGAAGUUCCAUUCAGGGCGUCGACUUAGGUGUUGGCUCUUCGAAGAGCAGACAUCUUCCGAAAGUGUUCUAGCGGGAACAUCAAUUGAAGCUAAGGCGCAAAUAUGUUCCUGGUACCAACAAUCGCACACCCACUAGGCUCAACCAGAAGGCAGCCCGAGCCCAUUUGGAGUAGUAUUGUAAGCAUGCUCCCCACGUUGACCUUUUUGAUCAACUGGAUCUCGAUGAGUUUGACUUAUUGAGUUUCUCAAGCAAAUAACCUUUUGUCGGAACGGGGAUUCUGGAAGAACCCUUUGGAGAGUGAUCUUCGUUGAAUAUUAACCCUCUAAUCAUUGCUCGACCACACGAGCCAGAGACAUGUAGUUGGAUCUAGUGAUUCUGACGGCGAUCGUCAGGAGAGCGGGUCAUCGUUGGUUGAGGAGGUACAACUAGCGCCCAGUAGAGAAGGGGUAGCAUCUUUGGCAAGGGUUGACCAACAAUUGAUGGGAGAGUGGCAGCUGGUUUUGGCGCCCGAACCAUUCACUUACGCUGAAGUGAGAAGAAUGAUGUAAAAGGAGUGGCCUUCGUCACUCAAUGUCUCAAUUGGGUCAAACCUCUCUUCAAGUGAGGGGCAAAUAUUGAAUAUUGACACUUAGGGGGCCGCCGUGUUGGGAUCAUCGCUGGAAACUGACAAAUAUGACCCUGUAAUUUUAGAAUUGGUGGCGACGCCGAGUGGCAUGAUCGAGCCUCCUUGUGGUAAUGAAGGAAGGCUUUCAUUGCCAGAGGAAGAGGGUCCCCUGGAGGCGGGUAUCCUAGAGCCAAGGGUAGUGACACCGGUGGGCUCUUCGAGUGGCCCUUGAACUGAUGGCCAGGAGCGAGUUGAUCCUAAGGUACUCGUUUGAUACUCGUUUGAAGAGGUCGGUGGUGCCAAGAGUGGGCCCUUUGAUUUUCUAAGUGAUCUCGUUGAAGUCCUUUGAGGCUUCAUUCCCACCAGGUGCUCGGAGGAAGAUAUUGGGGAUUCUGAUGACUUAGCGCUGAAAGUGCGCGAAACUAUUACUCAGGUUGCUUUGCAAGUAGUGGUCCUUUGUGGAGGAGGUCUAUGAGCUGAUGACCUGCAAGCGCUGCCCCAGUAGCAGGCCCGUCGGGUGAUUUGACUGAUGUGGAAGUCCUCGAAGGUCAAUUAAGACAUGUCAAGGAGCAGGCAGACCGACUCCGUUAGACUUGACCAAGCAGAUGGCUGAAUUGAGGCUUGCCUUGAGGAACUCUAUUGCGGGGAUUAUAUGCUAAUGCUUCUUGCCGUUCCGGAAAUACCCAAGAGUACAUCUAAGAGAUUGAAGAAGACUUUGAUGACAAAAAGACAAAGUUGACCAAGGUUGUAAAGGAGCUUGGUGAAACCCAAUGGGAGCUGGAUAAUACUUGUUGGGAGCUCAACGAUAACCGCCAAGAACUGGGAAACGCAACAAGAUUGCUGAUUAUUACAAGAAGCAAAAAAGGCUCCUUGAAGGGUUCAAUGAGAUGGAGACCAUGGGUGUAACAGGUUGUCUGCCUAGUCUAACAGAGGAUGAGAUGAAGCAGCUUGUAAAGAGUGAGAAGAUGGCGGUAUAUGUAUCAAACAUAGCUAACUUGGUACUCUUUGUGGCAAAGGUUUAUGCUUCUAUUCAGAGCAGAUCACUGGCAGUUAUUGCCUCAACCAUGGAUUCGCUCUUAGAUCUCUUGUCAGGGUUUAUAUUGUGGUUCACUGCCCAUGCCAUGAGAAAGCCAAACCAGUAUAACUAUCCAAUUGGAAAGAAACGGAUGCAGCCAGUGGGAAUCAUUGUUUUUGCAUCAAUAAUGGCAACUCUUGGAUUGCAGAUACUGAUUGAGGGUGUUCGACAACUCAUGUCAAAGUCCAAGCCUGAAACGGAUCCCGAGAAGGAGAAAUGGAUGAUUGGUAUAAUGGUCUCCGUAACAAUUGUGAAGUUUGUGCUCAUGGUCUAUUGUCGCAGAUACAAAAAUGAAAUUGUUAGAACCUAUGCACAAGAUCAUUUUUUCGAUGUUGUUACAAAUUCAGUUGGUUUGGCAGCAGCUGUCCUGGCCAUCCGAUAUUACUGGUGGAUUGAUCCUACUGGAGCUAUUUUAAUAGCAUUAUAUACAAUGAAUACAUGGACGAAGACAGUCAUUGAGAAUGUACGGUCACUAGUCGGAAGAACAGCACCACCUGAGUUUCUGGCAAAGCUAACAUAUUUAAUAUGGAACCACCAUGAAAACAUCAAGCACAUUGACACAGUUAGAGCGUAUACCUUUGGUAAUUAUUAUUUUGUGGAGGUUGACGUAGUUUUGCCAAAAGACAUGCCUCUGAACAAAGCACAUAAUAUUGGUGAGACACUUCAAGAGAAGCUUGAGAAACUCCCUGAAGUUGAGCGUGCUUUUGUGCACAUAGAUUUCGAGUAUACUCAUAGGCCUGAACACAUGAUCACAACUUGAUGGCACUAGUGAUGACUGAUGAUGAUCAUUUUGGCCGCAAUGACCAUAUCCCAGCCUUUCCAAAACACAAGGGCCUUUAAAUAAUGUUAGAAUAUAGUUUUUCUAUGUUGGGUUUAUAUUUUCCAUAUUAGAUUAUUUCUCAUACACGUGAUAUUGUAAUCAAAUCAUAUUACCUAA